GUACGACAAAAUCGAAAGCCAGCUAGGCCACAUUCACACUCGCGUAGAGUGUAAAGACAACGCACACUAAUCGUUCGCCGCCAGAAAUCCCUCUCUACCGCACUCUCCAGCCACCCCAUCUAUUCUGACCUAACCCGUCUCCAUCUCUUCACCUUUCUCCCCUUCCACGACCUCUGAUUCUCGUUCCCUCACCACCAUCACAACAGAAACAUAGAUUUUGUCCCACAGAGGUGCCUGAAUAAAGGAAAUACACAUGUGUCUCGUACGCAGGUUCAGGCGUGAGGCGUCGCAGUGCUGUACUCAUCGCUUACCUCAUUGCCAUACACAUGGGCACGCUCCUCAAACUCAGGGUGCACCCGGCUGCAGAAUGACGUGUAUAUUGAUGUCAGCCUCGCCCAGCUGGAGUCACGCCCUGCGUUGCGCGUCUCGAAUCGACUCGGGUACUGGUACAGGAAGGUUUUCAUGUGAUCGUAUCUAGGGCCCGAGUUUUUGGGUCCGUAGAUGGUGUCAUAGAACGGUGUGUGCUCAAACCAGUCAUCGAGCUCCUCGCCUUCCUCCAGUCGAUCAUCAUCAUCAUCAUCGUCGUCGUCGUCGUCGUCGCCGCCGCCGAGGCCGACAUAUUUCUUUAUCCCCGCCGCACCUUCCUCGUUCAGCAGCCCGAAAUCCCAUAUCUCAGUCUCCUCUUCUCGAUACUUCUGGCUCGCCAGGAACAUCCUCAGAUCGACUUGGAAAUGCUGGGACAGCACCUGGUAGAGAUAAGCGUCGACGCCUUUGAGAUGCUCGGGUGACAUUGAUGAUGGCGUGUAGGUGUGUUGUAGGUGGAUGACGAUGACAUUAUCGACGUAAAACUCCCACCACUCCAGCUGAGACUGAGGCAAUACCACACACAUACGCGGACAGACAGACAGACAGACACGACAUCAAAUCACAUCAUCGGACCGGACCGCUGCACUCUCUCCCUCACCGUCUUCUGCUUGAAGCUGUAGUGAAGCGAGUCGAUCAUGUCUUGCAGCGGAGGCGCCAAAUAAUCACCUGGCUGUAUUUCCAUCUCUGUCAGCCGUUUUCUCCGCAACUUAUACGCCAGCACCAGACGAUAGCCGGACGUCACGGCCGCCACAGAAUGGGGGAUGUCGGCAAAGAAGGCCACCCACCGACACUUCUUCGCAGCCAAAGCGCGCUGCGUCUGCUCGUUGAAGGUGGCCGGGUCGAAGCCCUCUGUUUGCUCGAGGAUGAAGUCGCCCUCCUCGUACUCGGUUGGCAUGAAGAUGAGCAAUGACGCGAAAUGGUCGUCUGAUCGCUAAGUAUCCCUGUGUGCCUGGAAGAAGUCUCCUUCCCAUAGAUCAGCAGCUUGUGCAAGUCGGCCGUCACCUGGCUGCCCGGCGACAUCUCGGAAGCCACCUCGUCGCACACACGCCGCACCGCAGAUCUCCAGUCGCCCGCAGGACAUCCCACCGUCAGCUCGUCGGCUGAGACCUCCCGCGCUUGCCGCACUUGAAGAUCGACGACUGUUUCAUUGCCAAUGCCCACCGGCGACUGCCGUGCUUGCGUGUAAUAGAUCUUCUCGAGGUUCCUAGCGUAGAAGGGCGCCCCUCUUGCUGUGUUGCAGUUGGGUUGCAGCGUCCAGUUGGCCGCCGUGAGUGUGGGGAUGAAGUCGAUGGUUCCAGCGAUGAAUGGCCGCGGAGCGUCGUGCUUCUUCAGGUGAUCUAUCGCCCUGUCGAGAGCCGUGUCGAGAUCCAGCACGUCCUCCUCCCGUGUAUCCCGCACAGCCCAGAAGCGCCUCGGGGCAGCACCGAAGUGCCGUCUUGUCAUUUUCGAGAUGAGUGAAGGGCCACGUCUGCUGGACCCCAGAGCAGCAGGGGAUGGCAGGAAGGCCGCUUCGGCAGAGAGAUGCAGGAAGAGCGAGGCGAGUCCAUGAAUGCAGACCGUCGUCAACAUCUCAGGCCACGGUUCGCCAGUCAACAAGGAAACAGGCUCCGGCGCGGCUGUAUUCUGUCGCUUUUGGGGGGGAAUUAGUG